GGGCCACUUUGCACUCCUCGCAACAGAGCAAUCUUUUCAGGAUGUGCCACCGACUCGAGACAGACCGGAACGAUUAUUCAGACUGGCACUGGCCGUUUGUUACCACUGCCACGACUGUCAGCCUGGGACGCCGAGAGAAAUCACUUUGCUUGUAAGUGGAGUUUGCGGUGCAGAAAUCUCAGGGCAUGGCUGUGACCCAGGCGGGUAUCCGCUGGCUACAAAAGGCGGAGGAUCUGGGAGAGGAGGUCGCACACCGCUGCCGCCCCUUCCUGCCCUCGGUAGCCCGCUCCUGCCUGGUGGCCACCUUCUUCGAGGACGCCCUGCGCAUGUGGUUCCAGUGGGUGGAACAGCAGGCCAUCCUCCAGGACCACCACAACUGCUCCGCCGAAAUUGCGGUGGCGAUAGUCCUUCUGAACCUGGUGGGUCAGUUGGUCGGCUGUGGUUUGGUCCUGCUGCACCUGUUUACUAAUUUCGCGGUCACCCUGCUGGCCGGCCUGGUGCUGCUUCAGGCUCACAUAUAUGAAGUGCCACUUCGACUGCACCUGAUGCUACGCAAUUGCUCGCUCCUUGGAGGCCUACUACUCCUCCAUGUGGAAAACAAGGAGGCUGUUGCCAGCCGGAUCUACGGGGCAGGAGCUGGAUUGCCUUUCCUUGUGGGCCAGCGAUCCCAGCAAUUGAUGCAGCUCACCGGAAGGAUCCUGCUGGCCCUCAUGUAUCUGACCCUGUUCCAGCAGUAUUUCACAGUUGCUGCCAUGGCCUUGAACGGUUUUGGACUAAUCCUGAUGUCGUCCAUCGUAAUGGGAUAUCGCACUCGACUGGCUGCCCUGUGUCUAUCGCUUAUUCUGACCAUGUGGAAUGUGACCACGAAUGCCUGGUGGUUGACCGAUGGAGACACGAGGGACCUGCUCAAGUACAACUGCUUCCACACUCUAUCGGUGGUAGGAGGUCUAUUGAUGGUUGUGGUCCUAGGUCCUGGAGAAGUAUCUCUCGAGCAGUAUAAAAAACAAUGGUAGUUUUAGUCGUUGUAAUGUACAGUGAUCGAACCAAGAACAUAAUAUAUCACAUUUUUCCUCGUGCGAAACAAA